CCUAUUCCUGAUGGGCGAGGGGGAGUCACUUGUGCUUCUGCUGGUGUACGUGGAUGACAUCUUGCUCUUCAGCAGCAGUGACAAGGAGAUCGAUGGGGAAGAACGGGAAGUGGUCACACCUUUGCCUUCCGAGUUCAAACUCAUAAAGGCAGCUGAAGGAGGAGGACCAGCCGACUUCCUUACCAAGCGGCUAGCUGAAGAGCCACACUGGCGCUGUGCAAGGAUGGUGGGAAUGUCCUUGAACUAGAGACGGCGAAACAAGCCGACAGUCUGAGGGGGAGUG